AUGUGUAUUUAUUCUUCUCAUUCGUAAGCCUUAUGCGCACCAUCUAGCGAAAUGUUCUUUCUUUUCUUUUAAAGGAUAACUUUCUAUUAUUUCUAUCUAUAUUAUAAUAAUUAUUUCAAUGACUUUUUAAGUUAAAGAUAUCAAUUUGAAGUAACAAACGAUCGGUGUAUCAAAUUGUAUAGACGAUUUUCAUACAGAAAGACCAACGUUCUUAAUAAAAAAUUUAACUGAAUAUAUUCGACUAAAUUCAGAUUACAAGAAACAUAAAACAAUCAAAUCAAAUGUUUUCUUCGUAGAUGAAUUUUGAAUGAAGUUGUACUUCAUUUAUACGGCGAUAGACAUAACCAAAUAUAUAUCUUAGAAAUGAAAUAUUGAUUGUAUCAACUUUUUUAAAGUAUGUACAUAUUAACAAUUUUAUCCCGUCCACACUGAUUAGCAGACGAUACUCUUUAAGCGCACUCUUCAGUAUUCUUUUUUUCAAAUGGUUAAGCUAGGUAAAACUAGCGGUCUCAUUUGAAAUCUUGUAUUUGUAUGAUAUACAUCUUUUGGAUUAGAUUUUUUUUAACAACGAAAACAAUCAUGUUUCUUCUAAUAUUGUCAAGAAGAUUUAAUUUUCAUAGACGACCUAUAAUGAUAUAUGAUACUUCGCAAAGGUGUAAUUCUCUAAUCAACCUAAAUACAUUACAUAACCUCAAAGGAUUGUUUCGUUUCAUGUCAAAUAAUGUAUUUGCAUCACGUUUAAAUUUACCACUUUCUGAUAAUAGUAUUAAAAAGUAUUUAGAUUAUCUUUCUGAUACUUAUCAAAGUAAUCAAUGGAAGGAAAAUAAUUUUGUAAAAAUGAUUGAUAUAAAAUCUGUGGCAAGCACAUUGGAAGAUCGUAUUAAUAUUAAGGAAAAUGUAAAAUACUUGGAAGAUCUUGGUAAAGAAGACGAGGAAAUGAAACGAUUAGCCCAGGAAGAAGAAGUAAUAUAUAAAAAACAGUUGGAUGAUCUGGAUGAAAAGUUAUUGAAUAUAAUUCUGUAUGAUCUCGAUAAAGAAAAUUAUAACAAUAUUAUUCUUGAAAUAUCAGCUGGUGUUGGAGGUCAAGAGGCUAUGCUUUUUGUUGAAGAUCUUUAUAAAAUGUAUUUAGGAUAUGCAGAUUAUUUAGGAAUAGAACAUGAAUUAUUGGAGCUGGAUAAAAGUGAAAAUGGUAUAAGGCAUACUAGUAUUUUACUUAAAGGUAAUUUAGCUUUUAAAAAAUUUAGAUAUGAAGGAGGCGUUCAUAGAGUACAAAGAAUACCAAAAACUGAAAAAUUUGGUCGUAUGCAUACCAGUACAGUAUCAGUUGCUGUUUUACCAGAACCUACAGAUAUUGAAACUAAUUUAAAUCAUAAGGAUUUGAAGAUAGAAACAAUGCGAUCAUCAGGUGCUGGUGGUCAACAUGUAAAUACAACUGAUUCUGCAGUGAGAAUAACUCAUUGCCCAACUGGAAUAACAGUAUGUUGUGAAACGCAAAGAUCACAAAUAAAAAAUAAAGAAAUAGCACUCUUGAAGCUAAAAACUAUUUUAUAUCAACAAGAAUUGAAUAAACAAAUUGGGAUUGUUAGUGAAAUGCGUAAAAAGCAAAUGGGCUUAGGAUUCAGGAAUGAAAAGAUAAGAACAUAUAAUUAUAAUCAAGAUCGUAUCACGGAUCACAGAUUAGAAAAUGGAACGAUGCAUAAUUUAAAAUCGUUUAUGACAGGAGGCGAAGAAUUGGAAGAACUUGAAGGUAUAUUGCAUAGUAAUAUACAAAUGAAAAUUUUAGUGGAGAUGAUAAAUAAAUUAGAGUCCAAAACAAAAUAAUAUUUCAUUUCUUCAUAAAAUUUAUUUCUUCUUUUUUUUGACAAAAUUUUAUGUCAUGUAUAUAAGUGUUAAAUUGUAUAUAGUUUAAUCCAAUAAAUUAUACAAUAUUUAGGUAACAUUUAUAUUUUGUUAUAUAGGAUUCAUUCAAUAAAAUUUCGUAAUUUAUUUGAAAAAGAUACAACAAGAUUUUAAUAACGACGUGUCCAUAGGCACACAUUGUUUUUUAACUGUCAUAUAAUACAAUAAUAUACAAAAUUAAUAUCCAUAGUCUCUAUAAAUGUUAAAUGCCCACGCGCGCGCGAUAUAUAUAUUUUACAUCGAUUAAUGUACAUACAAAGCGCAAAUGAUCAUUGUUUAUUUAUGAAUGUGCGCUCGUAUAUGCGCCCCUGCUCGUAUAUGCACUAGAAUAUCACUAUAAACUUUUAUCUAUUGUGAUCACUAUGAAGAAUCGUUUUAGUAAUUGCAUAAUGGUUCUUACAGCGAGUAGAGUUCCGACAUAUUAACACAAGAUUCCUUCAUUAAACGAUUAACCUACAUGAGAAUGAAGUACUUUUACACCUACAACGUUAUUCUCAAGAAUUACUCUGUUCGUUUAAGUGGUAUUUAAAUGUUAUGUGUGUUGUAAAUGUUUCCUUUCUGUAUGUCAUUUUUUAUGAUGAUAUUGAUUUAAUAUUUAUUUACAAAAUAUGUAUCAAUAUACAACGUACUGAAACCUUA